GGCGGGGGCCGCCGGGAGCGGGGUCGGUUUGAACCGUUCGACAGGGCCGUGCGCGGGGCGGCCGUUGCCCCGCUGAGGGGGGCCGGGGCCCGCCGGCCCGGCUCGGCCCCCCCCGUCCCUCAGAGAGCGAGGUCACUUUGUGUUCUUUCAAAAUGAAUGGUGAAGAGGAAAUAUGGGAAAAACUAGAUGCAGAAUUUGAUCACUGUGUUGUGGAUAUGAAGCCUCACGUUCUAAAACUGCAGCAUAGGUCAGAACGGCAAAGAUGUGCGCUGUGGAUUAAAAAACUCUGUGAGCCCUCGGGAGCGGGCACAGGAAUAGUGGGGAGGAAGAAUCGGAACCUCUAUGCAAAGCUGUUGCUCCACAUGCUGAAGCGAGGGGUGCUGGAAGGUCCCUUCACACAUAAACCAGAACCAGGAAUACUGAAAACUUUACCUUCAUACAUGUCAAUUUACUUUGAUGAACCAAAUUCAACACGAGUUCGGAGCAGUAGCCCAGAAUGCUUACCUGACUGGGUAAUGGGAGAGCUAGGGAACAGUGAAUCAAAGCAUGAGGAAUCAUGGAAGGUGUCUUCUAAAGAGGAAUUGUCUUCAUCAGCACCACUUACGUAUGGACCUCAGAUAUCAUGGUGGCAAAGCACAGUGGUCACAAGGGGAAGAUUCAAGUACCAUGAGAAGCCAGCAUCAAGAUCCCAUUCUAUGAGUCCUCCUCACCGGACAGAUGAAGAUAACCUAGCCACACCACUGUCUGACCACCAUCAUAAAAAAAACGUUUCUUUGGAUGACAGUGACCUCGAAGCACGUCUCAAUAGUUGGAAUCUUGGGUUAGAAAAUCCAAGAUAUUUGCGGGAAAAACCAAUGCCAGUGUCUUUGAUGACACCCAAAAUUGGUCUUGGAAAAAGUAGCACUUUUCGUGAUGAACAGGCACUAUUUCGAAUGCAUGAAAAAGAGCUGGACAUGAAAAUGAAAAUAGUAGAAGGUAAAUUUCAUGAAGAAAAACUUAAAUUGCAGCAGAAGCAUGAUACUGAUGUUCAAAAGAUUUUGGAUAGAAAGAAUGAUGAAAUAGAGGCAUUGAAGUCCCUCUACAAAAAUAAACAGAAUGAAGCUGAGGAGGCAAUUAGAAAACUGGAGAAAAAAGUUCAGACCCUUGUUCGUGAGUCACAAGUCGUCAGAGAAGCGAAAGAGAAGCAGAUUGUGGAGUUGAAGAAGAUGUGUGAGCAAAGCAAUGAUUCUUUGAACAAUGAGUGGGAGAAAAGGCUUCACAACGCUGUGGCUGAGAUGGAGAAGGAGAAGUUCAACAUUCGGAAGAAGCACACAGAAGAUAUGCAGGAGCUGCUUGAGGACACCAAUGCCCGUCUGGGCAAAAUGGAGGAAGAUUAUUUGGAACAGAUCAAGUCAACUAACCAGACGGUCAAAAAACUGGAGGCUCGUGUCCAGCAGUUGACUGUUGAGGCUGAAAAUAGCAAUUUACAGCGACAAAAAUUAUCUCAAGAAAAGGCUGAUGCAGAACAACGUUACCAGGCGAUAUACGCUGAGCUUCAGGAAGUGAAGGCGAGGCACAGCUUACUGCAGAAAGACAAGGACCAUAUUAUACAGCAAUACGAGGAGAACAUCCAGCAACUACAAAGUAAAUUUGAUGUUGAUAUCAAUUUUAUAAAACAGGAGCACGCUCUGUCUGCAGCGAAGGCGUCUGAUGCGAUCGAAGAGCUGCAGCGCAGUGUGUGUCUGUUGAAACAACAGUUGCAAGACUCAGAGCAUCAGAGGCAGCAGGAGCUGAGGGAUCAAGAAUACAAGCUUCAACAGGACAAACUUCACUUGGAGUGUGUCUAUGAAAAACAGAUUCAUGGCAUCCGGAAUGAUCUUGAUAAAGAAAGAGAGGAUGCUCUAAAGAAGAUUCGCAAAGUGGAGGAGACUUUGAAGGAGAAGGAGGAGCAGCUGAGUCGGGUGACAGAGGUACAGAGGCUGCAGGCCCAGCAGGCAGAUGCUGCCCUGGAGGAGUUUAAGCGGCAGGUGGAGCUGAACUCAGAAAAAGUCUAUGCUGAAAUGAAACAGCAGAUGGAAAAGGUUGAAGCAGAUCUAAGCAGAUCAAAAUCGCUCCGGGAAAAGCAAUCCAAAGAAUUCUCCAGGCAGAUGGAAGAGCUCCAGCAAAGAUACGAGCAACAGAUAGUGGAGCUGAGGCUGGAGCAUGAACAGGAGAAGACGCACCUAUUCCAGCAGCACAAGGCAGAGAAGGACAGCCUGGUCCGAGACCAUGAACGGGAAAUCCAGAAACUGGAGAAACAGCUCCGCGCUGCCAUGGCAGAGCACGAGAGUAAAACUCAAGAAUGCAGGAAACGAGACGGACAGGUUAUCUGUGAUAUGGAGAACCAAAUCCACAAGCUGAGGGAAGAGCUCGUCCAGGUGAACGCUCAGCGGAAGCAGCAGCUGCUGGAGCUGAGCCACCAGUGGGAAGAGGAGAAGCAGAGGGUGGCUCGAGACCAUGAGACAGCGAUGAACAAGAUGAAAGUGGAGGCAGAAAAAAUUACGUUAGACCUGAAAAAGAUCCACGCGGCAGAAACAGAGAAGGCCUUGGAAAAGGCAAACAGCCGGCUGAAGCAGACGGAGAAGGAGUACGGUCAGAAGCUGGCUAAAUCCUCGCAGAUCAUAGCUGAACUGAAGACAACCGUUUCCUCUCUGGCGGAGGAGAACAGCCGGCAGCAGCAGCGGCUCCAGGAAGUUGUACAAAAGUUUGAAGAUAAGAAGCAGCAGCUGAUUACAGAUAAUGACAGAGCAAUCAAGGCCUUACAGGACGAAGUGGAGAGUUACCGCCAUCAGGUGCGGGCUGCCGAGAGGAAGCUGCAGCGCAGGGAGCUGGAGGCCCAAGAGCAGAUGACCCAUAUACGACAAGAAUAUGAAACCACGUUCAAAGGUCUGAUGCCAGCAUCUGUGAGACAGGAACUUGAAGACACCAUUGUAUCUUUAAAAUCUCAGGUCAAUAUUCUGCAGAAAAGAGCCUCUGUCCUCCAGGAAGAGCUGAACACCUACCAUGCCAGAAGGUAGCUGCUGGAGCCAUUGGAUUUCUUCGGUUGCCAAAGGGACUGCUUUGAAUAGGUUUGAAGAUUUGGCUCUUGUAAACUGAAAUGCAGAGAUGGGUGGCUGUGUGGUUAGCACAUAAGGUGUGAUGAGCUUCAUGAGAACGCAUCCAUUGCUCGUGCCACCGGGGUUUUAGUUGUAUCUUCCUCCCAUUAUUUUUUUUAUCAUUAUCUUCUUACAGACUUAUGCUUUCAGUAUCUGUGUAUUUGACUCCGUGCUGAGCUUGCUUACCAAGCAAGUAGAGUUUUCUCUACUAAUAUUUUUGUUAUUACUUCCCAAUACCAUUCUUUUCAUUUUUAUACAUGAAGAAAAUCCCAUUUUCUAUUAUUAUUGUCCAAAAUAUUUUAACAUAUUUUGA